UCCAAUAGACGCAUAGUAGCCGCCCCUACCCCAUGUAUCCUUCCUAUUCGGCCGCCAUGUGUCCGCUGUUAUACAACAUGGGAGGCGGGGCCUGCCAGCGUACUGUCCAAUGAGGAGGAAGGAAACACUGAGCUGCCAAAUCAGGAUGCCUCAGUGAACUCAGAACUCAUAGAGAAGUGUGUGCCCGGGGGUGACCUCCUGUGUCGGACGCAGUGUAUACACUGUACAUGGCCAUCCUAAAGAGGGAUCCGAGGCUGACCUCCUGGCAGGGCACACUAUGCGGAGGGGUAGCUGGAGUCCUGAGCCGCACAGCCACCGCCCCCCUGGAUGUGGUGAAGAUUCUCACACAAGUGGGCACCUUCCACUCCAAGCACGGCUUCCUCAAUACAUUCCGACUGGUGUACAAAGCAGAGGGGCUCCAAGCGUUCUGGAAGGGAAACCUGACUGCAUGUGUGCGCCUGUUCCCGUACAGUGCGGUUCAGCUGUCAGCCUAUCACAGGCUAUCAGUGCUGUUUAUGGAUGAUUUAGGACAAAUCUCACCAAGUAAAGCAAUUCUAGCUGGAAGUGUGGCAGGAAUGUUGGCAGCUAUAGUCAUCUAUCCUACUGAUGUCAUCAAGACCCGACUUAUUAUACAGAACAGCUUGGAACCCACAUACAGAGGGAUCAUUCAUGCACUAUACACUGUGUACUAUCAGGAAGGAUUCCGACCAUUAUAUCGAGGGGUUUCGCUUUCAAUUCUUGGAGCAGUUCCAUUCUCUGCUGGUUUAUUCUUUAUGGAUGCAAGUCUGGACAGGGUCUGGCGGGUGUCUGGGGCCCGUUUAACACCUCUACAGAACUUUGUAAAUGGCUGCUUGGCUGCCGCUGUAGCCCAGACAUUGUCUUUUCCUUUUGAAACUGUCAAGAAGAAAAUGCAGGCACAAAGCCACAUCCUUCCUCAUUGUGGGGGCGUUGAUGUCCACUUUAAUGGAGUAGUUGAUUGUUUUAGACAAAUUGUGAAGAUAAAAGGUAUUCUGAGCCUUUGGAAUGGAUUGACUGCGAAUUUACUGAAGAUUUUUCCGUGUUAUGGUUUAAUGUUCAGCACUUUUGAAUGCUGCAAACGGUACUUUCUGUAUCAAAAUGGUUACCUUGUAUCUCCGCUCAGCAACCAGCUGAUGCCGGGAGUGGAUCAGAGUCUGGGGCCCUGGGAACUGCAAGAACUGCGCAAGUUUCUCUGGCAAAAGAACAUCGAAAACAGAAAAACGUCUUUAAAAAGCUAAACCCGGAGGACAGGAGAAUACUGUAAUGCUACAUUUGUACUUGUAUACCUUACAUGUAGGUGUACUGGGAGAUCAUAGUAUUUAUUUUUUGGAAGACUGAUCUAUGACUGACUAAUUGUGAUUUUAUUCACAGAUUUUUAAAGAGGACCUCCCUUUUUGCUUUGCCAUGUGUUUAAAGAACACCUCCACCAAUAAGAAAACCUCAUUCUAAGUAUCAGAUCGAUGUCAUCUGAUUCUAGGAGACCCUUGUACAGCAUUUAAUCCUACUUCAUGCUUUACUAGUUUCUUACGACAGUUUUGUAUUCAUAUGCUGCAGUUUUGCC